GGUCGCCCGGCUGCUCCUAGCCAAUCAGGAGCCAGGACUGGGCUAUAAAUGGCGCACAGCGGCGGCGGGGUGCUUAUUGCUCUGCGGCGGGACUGGAGAAAGGCUGGUAGCGCGCUGCAGCGAGCAUGGCCCGUACCAAGCAGACGGCUCGUAAAUCCACCGGUGGCAAAGCGCCCCGCAAGCAGCUCGCCACUAAAGCUGCCCGGAAAAGCGCCCCCGCCACGGGCGGGGUGAAGAAGCCCCAUCGCUACCGCCCCGGCACCGUGGCCCUGCGGGAAAUCCGCCGCUACCAGAAAUCCACCGAGCUGCUGAUCCGCAAACUGCCCUUCCAGCGCCUGGUGCGGGAGAUCGCCCAGGACUUCAAGACGGACCUGCGCUUCCAGAGCUCGGCCGUCAUGGCCUUGCAGGAGGCGAGCGAGGCUUAUCUGGUGGGGCUCUUCGAGGACACCAACCUGUUUGUAGGUUUUGUAGUCAUGUCAGGUCGCGGAAAGGGCGGUAAGGGGCUGGGGAAAGGUGGUGCUAAGAGACAUCGUAAAGUGCUGCGGGAUAACAUCCAGGGCAUCACAAAGCCGGCCAUCCGCCGCCUGGCUCGCCGCGGCGGGGUGAAGCGCAUCUCGGGGCUGAUCUACGAAGAGACCCGCGGGGUGCUGAAGGUUUUCCUGGAGAACGUGAUCCGCGACGCGGUGACUUACACCGAGCACGCCAAGCGGAAGACGGUGACCGCCAUGGAUGUGGUGUACGCCCUGAAGCGCCAGGGGCGCACCUUGUACGGCUUCGGAGGCUGAUUGAUUUUUUUUUUUAAAGCGUGACUUGCAUUUUGUUCAACCCAAAGGCUCUUUUAAGGGCCACCCACUUCCCCACGGAAGGAGCUUGUUUCACUGCUGGUUACGUUGUCAUUGAAGCGAAGUGGUUUAUAGGGAUGUAGUAAUGGGUUCGUUUAGUGGCAAUAAGGGAACUUUUUUGUUUUAUUGUGUGGGGGUUUUUAAAAACUCCGGUGUCCAGCACAGAGGCUGUAAACUUCAGCGAUGUGAUUGGUUCUGCGAACAGUUAUUUCGGGAGGAUUUCGAUUUACUCAAAACUCACUGAACCCCUAGUGCUGGGAGUAGCAUUCAGAACGCUGUGCGUUUACACAGGCGGAAAGGGGAACGAAAACGCCUCGAUUUGUGCACGAAGAAGAACGGGGACGUGCAGUCCCGGCCUUGCAUGCAAUAGUGCCCCACGAGCCUUUUUGGGGGGAGGGACAUUAAAAGUUUUGGCACGAUGA